CUUACUUUUCACUCUAUUUGCACCUCCUACUUUUUCAUCCAAACAACAAGUUACCCUUCCAGUUACACCCCACCAAUUCCCCCCCCCCCUCCAAUUUACCACUCAAGUUGCACUCUCUCAAAUUGCACCACUCUUGUUGCCAAACAUAGUGUUAGUAAAAUCAAGUUUUCAUAGAUAAAAAUACUUACAUCUUUAGCAACCCAUAUUAAUAUUAGGAAACCGAAGGUAUUUUCUUGCACGUGAGAUCCAGGCGAAGCAGAGCAAAGAUGAACCAGGGCGAUUAGAGAGUGGAGCACGUGGCAACUACAUGGCGGUUUCAAGACAACUACAGGGAUGUUUGAGAUAAGAAGACGAGAAGACAAAAGAGAGAGGGGAAAAAAAAAUCAAACACCCUCGUUGUAACAUUUCUCGAAGAUAUGUAAAUCGUAGUAACGAUAUAGGUUAUUAACCCUAACGAUAUUCCGUAUUAUAUCCUUUCAAUCAACACCGCGAAGUUUCCAAGACAGAUCACCACUAGGCCAAACUCUCGUUCACCACGAAUGCCUUAUAACUCCAAUCGGCUACAAUCGGCAUCGGGACGUAUAGGAGCAAUAACAUUGUAUGCUGCCGAGGCUUUUGAAAGGGUGAAUCGGCUCCAAUCGGCAUCGGGACCUAUAGGAGCAAUAACGAUGUAUGCUGCCGCGAGGGUUUGAAAGAUUCCAUAAAAUUUGUACAUACAUAAUCGAUUCCAUUACAAUAUUGAAAGACUCAAAAUCACGUGCUUCCAACUACGUACUAAAGCCAGAAUUUAAAACUGGUCAUUUGAUUGAUUGGCGGCCAAAACAGAUCCCACUGGGGUGGUAAUCAAAUUAAACGGUGAUUCCAAAGAUAGAAUAACGGAUGUCGAUUUUGAUCUGACCCAUUUAUUCGACCUGUUUUGGACGGGUAGGGUGGGGCGGCAGGCAUGUAUACUCUUCGUUGACUUGACCUGUCUUGAUCAAUCUCAUUCUUGACCCAUCUUUGCCUUAUUUGCAUGUAAUUUUAUCAGAAUUAUUUACAAUUUUACUUCUUUUACCACAUAUUUUAGCUACAAUUAAGUUGUAAAUAUAUGAGAACCUCAAAUUUCAAAUUAUUUAACUACAUUUAUCAUAUUGUACUUUGUUUCUUGGGGUUUUAUUAAUGAAAAAAAUUGAAUAUUUGUUUAUAAAAAAAAGAAUAUUUACUCAUAUUUUCCUUCUAAACUAAAUACCCAUUGGGUCGACCUGCUCCUACACGUCCCCUGUGAUAAAUUACCCGACCUAAACCCGACUUGCCAAGGAACGGAUAUGGGUAUCGUGAUACCCGCCCCGCACCCACCCUAUUGCCAUCCUUGAAUCCGAAAUAUAUAUAGUCUCCACAUUACACGGAGACACGGGUAUGAUUGCAUUCAUAUUAAUUAGAUGUACAUUGUUAUAUUUCAACAAAUUAGAAUUUUCGGUUAGUAUGGUUAGAUUAGACGAACUCUAUAUCCGGGUGAAACCCAGUCCCUAAUUCUCUAACUCAAAUGAAUUACCGGCCGGUUACCCCUGUUCUUUUCUUUAAGCAGCGGCCAAUAUUAUUCCAUCCUCAGGCUAGAUUUAAAAGGAAACUAGCUGUUAAUUUCUUCUCGUACGUACUAUGUUGUUGGAGUUGGUUCCAGGCUCUAAGCUAUCUAGUGAUGUUUUUGUUUCUUUCGUUUUUUCUUCUUAGAAAUGUACGCACUUUAUACAGUAUAUAUAGGAGAUCGAGCUGGUUCUGUAGCUAGUCAUCAGUACUCCCUCGAUCAACAUAUAGAACAACAAUGGCGUUGUGGGAGUUAGGUUAUGUGAGCGACGAGACAAUGGCGAUCUUUGGUCCCGUUGCAGUUUACUGGUUAUAUGCUGGCUUCUACCAAAUCGUUCUGUCUUCUUCGAAUCUCCUGGACGAGUACCGUUUGCACACGAGGGAGGAAUCCGCAAAGAAGAACUUGGUGCCAUUGCCAAGAGUGAUCAAGGGUGUUCUAGCUCUGCAGCUCUCUCAAAUAGCGAUUUCGUACCUCUAUUACUUCGGGUUAAGAACGGAAGGAGGAUCUGCAUCGAAGAUCAUCGUCCAACCGCCCUCCAUUCCCAUCCAGACCUUGCAGAUCCUGAUAGCGAUGUUCGUAAUGGACACGUGGCAGUACUUCGGCCAUCGAUACAUGCACCACAACAAGUUCUUGUUCCGCCAUGUCCAUCACCAGCACCACAUCUUCGUCGUGCCUCACGCCAUUGGAGCGCUCUACAACCACCCAAUCGAGUCACUCUUGCUCGACACACUAGGAGGCGUUGUCACCUUGUCGAUCUCUCGAAUGACUCCGAGAGCCGAGGCCAUUUUCCUCUGCUUCGCCAUGUUGAAAGCCGUGGAUGAUCACUGUGGGAUUUGGUUCCCUAGAUGCAAUCCGAUCCAGAGGUUGUUUACCAACAGUUGUGCUUACCAUGAUGUUCACCAUCAAGUGCGCGGUGGGAGGUACAAUUUUUCUCAGCCGUUUUUCCCCUUCUGGGACAAGGUUUUGGGGACUCAUAUGGCUCAUGUUGUUUUGAGGCGUCCAGAAGGAGGAUACGAGGUGAAGAUGGUUAAAGACUUAGCCAACUACAGCUAGUCGAUCGUGUUUGCUUCGUUGGAUUACAAGUUUGUUUGAUCGUAAAGUUUUUAUAAUCACAUGAAAAUUGGUCUUCCUAUGUAAGGGGAGUGUAACAUGGGAUAAAUAAUAAUGGAGCAAGUGUUUGGAACAUGGUUACUCACGGGGUGGUUUUAUGUGGAUUUGGGUGGGUUUAGAACCACCCACUACGUGGCGCGGGGGACGGAGAAAACGACCCGCACCAAUCCAAACAUUACCUGUGGGCGAGUUGGGUUGGGUAGAUUCGUUGGUUUACAACAUAUAAACCAUAUGAUUACAUAAAUUAGGUGAAUCGUUUAUUUUACAAUAUUUGUAUUGGUAAUUGUACACAAAUUAUAAAAUAUUCAACUGAUAAACAUGGUCUAGGCCUGAUAAUAAUCGAGGUUCAAGAAGGCCCUAGGAACAAGUCAAACGUUUUGGUCUUGCCUAAACCUAUAGUCACAAAUUACAAUUUCAAAUUGACGGAAGGAAUGAAGGACGAAUCAAUGG